GGGAUGAAAUGGGCCUCAUAAAAAACUGAUACCCAUUUUCCAUCUCUUUCUUCUUCGGUUCUCGCCAUUCGUAAAACAAAAAUCAAUUGUAUGAACGGAGAGCACAAUCCAAUUUAUGAAUGGGGUCUUUAUCACCAGAACCACCAUCUUCUUCAUUUUGGUUGAAUUGGAGAGCAGUACUCAAUUCCGGAGAACGAAAUUGGCUGGAUCUUCCAAAAGAUGUGGUAUUAACCAUUUUCGAGAAGCUUGGAACAAUUGAUACCCUUCAUCGUGCUCAUAAUGUUUGCACCACAUGGCGCAAAAUCUCAAAGGAUCCUUUCCUCUAUCACACCAUCGACAUGCCCAAUAUCGGGACUGACCUUGGCACCGACGAGUAUUUGGAGCUUUUGUGCCAACGCGCCGUUCAUUACAGCUCCGGUCAUGUGACCGAUAUCAAUAUCGAGUAUUUUGGUACCGACGAUCUUCUCCGUCAUAUUGCUAAUUCUGCAAGUCAAGUACGACGCCUUCGUCUUUUAUGUUGCUAUGGCGUAACAGAUGAAGGAUUGUGUGAAGUUGCUGAAAAGCUUCCUCAGCUGGAGGAACUUGAUAUAACAAUCAGCAGCUUGUCCAAUGAACCUUUGGAAGCCAUUGGCCGAGGUUGCCCUCAAUUGAAAACCUUUAAAUUCAACAUUGAAGGAUACAGACGUCCACACUUUGUAUGUGAUGAUGUGGCAUUUUCUAUUGCGGAAACCAUGCCUGGGUUACGCCAUCUCCAACUUUUUGGAAACAAGAUGAGUAAUGAUGGUUUGCGUGCUAUUCUUGAUGGUUGUCCUCUCCUUGAAUCUCUUGACAUACGUCAGUGUUUCAAUCUUAGUUUGAGAGGAAGUUUGGGGAAGAAAUGUCGUGAACAAAUAAAAGAUUUACGGCUUCCAUAUGAUGCUACUGAGGACUACCCAUUUCAAGUUAUAGCUUAUGAUUAUGGAUCACCUGAUGAAGAUGAAGACUACCCAUCUGGGAUCUCAGACAUGGAUCUUUUAUCUGACGAUGAUUAUGAAUAUGACGAAUUCUCUGGGAGUGAAUUUUCUGAAUAUGAUUCCGAUGGUGUCUAUUCUUAUGAUGACGACUUUUGACAAACUUAAAACAUUCAGCACAUGAAAUUGAAAGAUGUGUUGUGAUGUGAACAUCUUAGUCUCAACUCCUCGUUAUUUCUCUGCAACAUUGGGAUCAAAAGAAAGAUAGCUGGUAAUAAUUUGUUAUCUUUGUGAAACACAUUCACAGUUUGCAACUUGUGUUUACCUAAUAAAUGUAAGAAGCAAUUUGGCAAUUUCUUUGGCUUUAUGUUUGAAAAUCUUAGGAUUAUAGCCUGAUUCCGUACUUCUUCUAAGUUUCGUAAAGUGUAGUUGCCAUUUUUUUUCUUGA